AUGACCCAGGAGGAGGCUGAGGCGGAUGCGGGAGGCACGCCGUCGAGGGCCGGGCCGGUGGGGACAGUAAGCUGGGGAACUGGGACCCUCGUCGGCGUAUUCACCGGGCUUCUCUACGGCGGGGCCAAGGAGGCCAACGCCAACGUCAGCAAAGAUGCUGAAGUGAUGUUGAAGAUGGGAAGCACCACAGACAAGCGUGAACAGUAUAGGUUGAUGAGAGAUGCCAUGGAGAAAAGGUUCAUCCGGGUUGCCAAAGGCUCACUAGUUGGUGGUGCUCGCCUUGGGAUGUUCACUGCAACUUUCUUUGGCAUACAGAACCUUCUUAUUGAGAACCGUGGGGUGCAUGAUGUAUUCAACAUUGCUGGAGCUGGCUCGGCUACCGCAGCUGCUUUUGGGCUUAUAUGUUGGGUACAGUUGAAGCUGGCAGAGAAGGCCAAUCUUGAGAUUGAAAAUUCAAAAUCGCCAUCAGAUUUACAAGGCAAUCAAAGUCGUGUGGGGGCUGCUAUAGACAGACUAGAGAACAGCCUGAGGAAGUAA